AUGGCGUCGACGGCGGUGACCGAUCCGCUGGAGGAGCUAUGGAAGCACACCAUGUCGCCGGACAGGACGGACCUGCUGUGCUUCUACCCCAGCAAGAUCACCAUGAGCGGCAUCUGGACGGGGGACAGCCCUCUCGACUUCUCCCUCCCGCUGCUCCUCUUCCAGAUCAUCCUCAUCACCACCACCACCCGCGCCGUCGCGCUCCUGCUCACCCCGCUCCGCCUCCCGCGCUACAUCGCCGAGAUCCUCGCAGGCUUCCUUCUCGGCCCCUCCGUGCUCGGCCGCCUCCCCCACUUCUCCGACAUCGCCUUCCCCAUCCGCAGCCUCUUCAUCCUCGAGUCCAUGUCCCUCCUCGGCCUCAUCUACUACACCUUCACCAUCGGCGUCGAGAUCGAGCUCCACACCGUGCUCCGUGCCGGCCAACGGAGCUUCUGGUUCGCCGCCGCCUCCGCGCUCCCGCCCUUCCUCGUCGGCGCCGUCACCGGCUACGUCGCUGUCAGCACCGACGAAACCAGGAGGACCGCGGACCAGUUCCUCAACACCCUCUCCUUCCCCGUCUUCCUCGGCGCCACCUUCUGCGCCACCGCCUUCUCCGUGCUCGCGCGAAACAUCGCCCAGCUCAAGCUCGCCGGCACCGACGUCGGGCAGCUCUCCAUCUCCGCGUCCCUCAUCAACGACACCUUCGCGUGGGGCGGCCUCACCGUCGCCACGGCGCUCGCGCACGUGCGCUACGGCAUGGUCCCGUGCAUGUGGACGAUCGUCUCGGGCUUCCUCAUCGUCGGCGCGAGCUACCUCAUCGUCCGGCCGAUGCUCCUGCGGCUGGCGGGGCGUGUCUCCGAGGGGGAGGUGGUCACCGAGCUGCAGGAGUGCUCGGUGCUCAUCGGCGUCAUGGUCGCGGCGCUCGUGGCCGACGCGGGGGGCACGCACGCCAUCUUCGGCGCCUUCGUGUUCGGCCUCGCCGUUCCCAACGGGCCGGUCGGCGUGGCCAUCGUGGAGAAGGUGGAGGACUUUGUGGUGGGGACGCUGCUGCCCCUCUUCUUCGCCAUGAGCGGCCUCCGCACGGACACCGCCAAGAUCACCAGCAUGAGCGCGGCGGUAUUGUUGAUGGUGGCUGCACUGGCCGCGGCGAUCCUCAAGGUUGUCGCCGCGGUCAGCGUGGCCGGUGCGUUUGGCAUGCCGCUGCACGAUGGCGUGUCCAUUGGGCUGCUGCUCAACACCAAGGGAGUCAUCGAGCUUGUCAUCCUCAACAUUGGAAAGAACAAAAAGAUCAUGAGCGACCAGUCGUUCACGGUUCUGGUGUUCAUGUCGGCGCUGAUCACGGCGCUGGUGACGCCGCUCCUGGCCAUGGUCGUCAAGCCAGCGCGGCGCCUCGUGUUCUACAAGCGCCGCACCAUCGCGUGGCCGCAGCCCGAGUCCGAGUUCCGCGUCCUGGCCUGCGUCCACAUGCCACGGGACGUCCCCGCGCUCCUGACCCUACUCGACGUCACCUCACCCUCCGACCAUUCGCCGGUGGCAGUCCAAGCCCUGCACCUCAUCGAGUUCGCCGGCCGGUCGUCGGCCCUGCUCCUUAUCAACGCCUCUGCGCCGUCCUCCUCCUUCGAGCACUCCACGCACGGGAGCAGCCAGGUGGAGCUGCAGUUCAAGCACAUCUCCCACGCCUUCAUGGCCUACGAGGAGAACGUGCUGGGCGUCACGGCGCGCACGCUGGCCGCCGUGUCGCCGUACGUGACCAUGCACGAUGACGUGACCGCCGCCGCCGAGGACCGGCACUCGGCGCUGAUCCUGCUGCCCUUCCACAAGCACCGGUCGGUGGACGGCGGCCUGGAGGUGUUCCACCCGGCGAUCCAGCCGCUCAACCAGAACAUCCAGCGCUUCUCGCCAUGCACGGUGGGCAUCCUUGUGGACCGCGGCCUGGGCGGCAUGCCCGGGGCUGGGUGCCGCGUGGCGGCGCUCUUCUUCGGCGGGCGCGACGACCGCGAGGCGGUGGCCCUGGCGACGCGCAUGGUGUACAACCCGGCCAUCGACCUGACGGUGCUCCGGUUCGUCCAGAAGGGCGGGAGCUUCAUGGGCACCGAGUUCGACGCGCUCAAGGAGCGCAAGGGCGACGACGCGUGCCUGCGGGAGUUCCUGGACCGGGCCAACAGCAUGAGCGUCGGCGGCGGCGGCGGCGCGGGCGUGGAGUACCGGGAGCGGGGCGUGUUCAACGCGAGCGAGAUGGUGGCGCAGAUACAAGAGGUGGAGGCGUUGGGGAAGGACCUGUUCGUGGUGGGGAAGGUGCCGGGGCUCCCGGCGCUGACGGCGGGGAUGGCGGAGUGGAGCGAGUGCCCGGAGCUGGGGCCGAUCGGGGACCUGCUGGCGUCGAGGGACUUCCAGACGAUGGCGUCAGUGCUGGUGGUGCAGUCGUACGCGAGGCCGUCUGCCGGGGCGAUUUCAGGGGAGCUGGGCUAUGGCGGCGACGGCGUGCCCGCGGCGGGAAGGCCGCCACGGCCAGAUCAUAUCCGUAGGAAUAGCAUUGGGAUGGGGAACUGGAGCUAG